AUGGCAGAAGCAUCUUCAUCCUCAACAUCCAGAGAUUCUGAGCCAAAAUUCGAAGACAUUAAUGUUCAAAAAAAUAACGACACACCUACCCUUAUACAACUUCCUAUAUAUAAAACAUUGAAUGAAAUACGUCUUUUACUUACCGCUGACCUAAAUAUACGAAUGGGUGUAAAUAUGUAUUUCAUGAACCCAUAUGCCAGAAUCCCACAAAAAAACGAAUGUAAAUAUCUUUUAUCAAAAAUUAUUUAUGAUAAAAAUAAUCUAAAAAUUCUCGACGAACAGGAACCAGACUGGGAAUGUAUAAAGGAAAUAUGUAAACUGGAGUAUGGGCUUGAUUUUUUGGAAAAAGGUCCAAAGAGCGCAGAGAAAAAAGCAUUUGAUAUUACGAGACUUGAUGCGAGAAAGUUAGUAAGACCAGAUUCACUUGAUGAAACGGUCGUAUGCCAAACAGACUUUGAUAACAUUUGUGUGAAAAAUCUUUUAGUAAAGUCUGAAGUCACUGCGAAUUUGCCGUGGUUAUCCUCGAUUUCGGCAACCCUUGGUGGAUCUAGUGUUAAAGAGACUGAAAAUCGCACAAGCAUUGGAAAUUCAGUUACUUUUUGGACUUCGAAAGUAAUAAAAGCUACAGUAUUAUAUUCAAAAUCAGAAGUAAAGCCCACAGAAGAAUUUAUAAAAGCUGUCGAUGACGCACUCGCAUCAGAUAAUCAGCGUAAAAACCUUGAAAAGGUCGCUAAAGAAUACGGCCCAUUAUGGUGCAAAAAGCUCGGAAUUGGUGGCAGGAUUUUAUCUAAAGAAAGCAAAGAAAAAAACCUAAACGAGUAUAAUAAUUCGAGAGAAACAAAAGCUUCUGGGAAGUUAAAAGCAACUGGAUAUGUCGAAAUUGACGGGGAAGUAGGAAAAAGUCAACAAACAAAGCAAAUGAAUUCAUUUGUCAAUGAAUAUUCUUUUUUUCGAAUGUUUGGUGGCCUGGAAGAAAGAUAUCAUGAAUCUGGAAUGCCUGGAUGGAUAAAUUCAUUAAACGACCAUAAAAAAUGGGCGGUAGCAGAAUAUACCGAAAUAAAUUCAAUUUUUGAUAUUCUGGAUCAAGAAAGAAGAUCCAAAGUUGCAGAAGCAUUAUUUGCAAAACGAAUCGUAGAAUCAAGAGUUGAAACAUUAUCUUUUCGAAUGUACCUUUCUAAAACAGAUCCAUAUAUCCAUGAACUACCUCCAAAUCUUCAACUUUCAAGUACAGAUCAUAUAUUCGUAACAGUAAUGAAAGACGACUCGAAAAACUUAUUUGCUGCACGGGUUCAUUAUAUAGACGAUAAAAGUCUGCCUGUGAUUCUUAUUCAUCGCCUGGGAAAUUUACAAAGAGGAUCAAAAUCACCGAUGUUUACAUUGAAAUUGGGUUGGAUUGUAAUUGGCACAUCCACAAUGUUGAAUUUAUUCGGGCAACCAGUUUUCGAAAGUGAUAAUAAAGAAAUUAAUGAACAAUUUAAGGUUCAACGAAGAAGUGAUCCAAAUAGUAGUUUUUUUGCUACUUGUGUUUCAAGAGCAAAAGAUUUUCGAGUUGAUGAUCCUAGGGAUUCCAAAUAUAUCGUAGGAACUCAUUUCGUGAAUAACAAUAAUGCUCUUGAGGCGUGUGUUUUUUGUUAUGAUCUUCAAGAUAUGAUGAAACUAAUUCCAGCUUUAUCAUACAAAGUGACACCAUUUGAUGAAUUCGAUAGUAUACCAAUUAAAUUUUCGGUCAAUUACGGCAUCGCCGCUGGAAAAGGAAAACACCAAUUCGGACAAACCCAAAUCACUAGUAAAUCUAGAGGCAUACUAGGCAUACAACUGAAUCCGAAACGCUUCGAAGUUGAUUUUGACGUGUAUAAGAAAUUAAUUUCGCAAUCAACGAUUCCAACUACGAUUCCAUCCACUUCAUCAGAAGAACAAAAACCAUUAACAUCCGUACAAAAAAUUCUACAGAAUCCAGUUUUCAUUAGCUUAGUUUUGGACAAUGGUUCGGCGAAUUGUGUUCAUGGGUUUUUUAAUAUUACUCCAAAACAUGCAAUUUUUAGAUCUCUAAGUAAUUUACAUACAAAAAAUGGGCAACAUAUUGCAUAUUUCAGUGUUGACUGA